AUGGCCGAUGUUGCUGAUCCUCCAACUGUCUCCAUCAAAGCGGCGAGAUCCAAAGUCGCGGUAUCUGCCAAAGCGACUCGAAAACCAUCAGCACCGAAAACUGCGAAGUCGACAAAGUCUGCAAAAGGGAAUAAGAGCAAUGCAGUUCCAAGAGUCCAGAAACCAAAAUCCGCUGUCGAUCAUCCAUCGUAUUUAGUUAUGAUUGUUGAAGCCAUCAAGAAGAUUGACGAUAGAAGAGGUGCCACUCAUCAAGCAAUUCACAAGAAUAUCAAUACGAAUUACAAUUUGGAUGCUAAAUUAUCCCGUACUCACAUCUCUGCUGCUCUCAAAAAAGGUGUCACUUCUGGAGCUAUCAUUCAAACCUCUGGAAGUGGAGCUAGUGGAAGAUUCAAGGUUGGAGCUCCGAAGAGAGCAACCGCUGCUUCGAAGAGCGACACCACCAAAUCUGGUUCCAUCUCCAAGACUACUUCAGCAACUAUGUCAACUAAGAGUACCAAGUCAGCAACCAAGAGCGUCUCUGUCAAGAAGAGCAAGAAGACUCCAGCAAAGAGCAAGAAAGCGCCAUCAAAGAGCAAGAAACCGUUCACCAAAAGUCAGAAGGCCCCAUCCAAGAAGACAAUGAAACCAAAGAAAGUCUGA